CGGGGAGCCUCGUCGCCCUCCUUCGCGCCGCCGCCGCCGCCAUGACGCUGCCGGUGUUCUUCGGCUGCGCCGCCAUCGCCUUCGGGCCGGCGCUGGCGCUCUUCCUGCUCACCGUGGUGGCCGAGCCGCUCCGCAUCAUCAUCCUCAUCGCAGGGGCCUUCUUCUGGCUGGUCUCGCUGCUGUUCUCGUCGCUGGUCUGGUUCAUCGCGGCCAAGGCCAGCGACCCCUCGGACGAGGCGCUGCAGACGGGGCUGCUCAUCUUCGGGGUGGUCUUCUCGGUGCUGCUGCAGGAGGCCGUCCGCUUCCUCUACUACAAGCUGCUCAGGAAGGCCAUUGAGGGACUGUUGGCCCUUAGUGACGACGGCUGCUCCCCCAUCUCCAUCCAGCAGAUGGCGUAUGUGGCUGGCCUGGGCUUUGGGCUCAUGAGCGGGGCCUUCUCCAUGAUCAACUUGCUGGCGGACUCCCUUGGCCCGGGCACAGUCGGCAUCCACGGGGACUCUGAGCUGUACUUCCUGACUUCCGCCUUCAUGACGCUGGUAAUGAUCCUGCUGCACACUUUCUGGGGCAUCAUCUUCUUCCACGGCUGCGAGACCCGGCGGUGGUGGGAGGUUGGCGUGGUUGUGCUCACCCACCUCAUCGUCUCCUGCCUGACCUUCUGGAACCCGAUCUACCUGGGCAGCCUCCUCCCUGCCUACCUGAUCAUGGCAGUUGCAGCCGUCUGGGCCUACCUCCUGUCUGGAGGCUCCAAGCAGAACCUGCACCACUUCCUCUUGUGCCUGCGAAGUGGAGGGACGCCGCAGCCAGGAUCCUGAGCCCUCCGCAAGCCCCUGGCCCCGGCCCGUGCUUUGGGGCAGGAUGCAGCUGCUGUGCCUUUAGGAGCAUUUCUCAGCCCACCGAAGAGGCCAGGAGUGUGGCAGCUGGGGGGUGGGGUUGGAGCAACAGGACUUGCAACCCCAGAGCACUUUGGGGGGCAUUGUAUUAGCGGCUCCUGAGUGCCUGUCCCCAAACCACGGAUUGUGCUACAGAAUUCCUGAAUCUUGGAUGGCAGCUGCCCCCCUGCCCACUCCUGGGGGUCAAGGAUUGGAAUGAGGAGGGGGCUACUGGCAGGGUGAGGCAGCUGGGCGUCUGUCUGUCCCUGCUGUGUGCGCCUGGAGAGCCAGCUGGGAAGACAGAAGGGCCGGCCUGGGGGUGGGAGGGAAGGCUUCCUUCCCACCCGGCCCUUUUCCUUCAUGGCUUUCGAGGCACAACUAUACAACACAUCUGUAUCAAUAAAGGACGAUUGGCCAAGGGC